AUGUCAGAAACAGAACGGGAUAGAAGGUUAAGGGCCCUUAAAGAAAAAGAGAAAGACGUCUUUAAGAAAAAAGGCCCGUCUGUGGACGGUAAGUCCACAGACAGGAUAGACAAGGGAAAGGACGCCCUGGGAGAGAAAGGUGAAAGGGGAAGGAAAAACCCAAAAAAGAGGCCCCUCUCUCCAAUAAAAGAAUUGGAGGCUUUGGGGCUUGAUAAUUCUGAAUCUGAGGAGCUGAGUCCCUCUGAGGAGGAGGACUUAGAGGAGGAGGCGGCUCGUUAUGAGGAAGAGAGAUACCACCCUGAUAAACAGUCUUCAUGGGGCUUUCCAUCAGCCCCUAGCGCCCCUCCACCCUAUGUGGAAAGACAUGGCUCGGCUCCCCUGGUAGGGAUAUCGGACUCUUUUUUUUCAAAAGAGGACAAAAGAAAACUUUUUCAGGCUUUUCCUGUUUUUGAGGCUGCAGACGGGGGUCGCACAUAUGCACCAGUAGAAUACCCCCUUGUUAAAGAGCUUGCUGAAUCAGUUAAUAAAUAUGGAGUGGAUGCUAACUUCACAAUUAUGCAGCUUGAGAGGCUUGCCGGCGUGGCUAUGACUCCGAGCGACUGGCAAAAUACUGUAAAGGCCGCUCUUCCUAAUAUGGGCCAAUACUUAGAAUGGAAAGCCCUAUGGCAUGACGCCUCUCAGAUCCAAGCAGGAGUCAACUCCCGUGUGGAAGGUGCCCAACGACAGUGGACCUUCAAUCUUCUGAUAGGGCAAGGCCAUUUUGUACACAAUCAAACUAAUUAUGACCCUGGGGCAUAUGGCCAGAUUUCUGCGGCUGCUAUUAAAGCAUGGAAAGCCCUCUCAAAGAAAGGCGAGGCUGGAGGACACCUGACAAAGAUUAUACAAGGCCCUCAGGAGCCAUUCUCAGAAUUUGUGGCCAGAAUGACAGAAGCAGCAGGUAGAAUAUUUGGAGAUCCGGAGCGAGUCAGGCCAAUGAUAGAACAGUUGGUAUAUGAAAAUGCUUCCCCAGAAUGUAAGACAAUCAUUACUCCUAGAAGGAACAAAGGGCUUACAGAUUGGAUAAAGAUCUGCCGAGGACUUGGAGGCCCACUUACCAAUGCUGGCCUUGCAGCGGCUAUCCUGCAGAGCAAGAGCCGUUCAGGUCCAGGAAGCAAUAAAACCUGCUAUAGCUGUGGUAAACCAGGCCAUUUGAAGCGAGAUUGCCGUGCUACUGCACAAAAGAAACUUCCAGGACUGUGCCCCAAAUGUAGGAAGGGUAAUCAUUGGGCCAAUGAAUGUCGCUCAGUUAGGGAUAUUCAGGGAAAACUUAUUCAGCAUGAAGCCCCCCCUAAUGAGAGGAAUGAGAAUAUUCCAAAAAACGGAUUUCAGGGCCCCAGAUUCCAGGGCCCCAAAAAAUAUGGGACACAAACAGUCAGCAGGAGGGUCUAUCCAGCUGUAGAGCAACAGGAGGAUCAGCAGGAUUGGACCUCUGUUCCACCUCCCAGUUCUUAUUGAUGCCCCAAUUGGGUGUUCAGCCCGUUCCAGUUGAGUUUGAGGGCCCUCUGCCCGAGGGAAGU